AUGGAAAAGGUUGGGUACGCAAAGAUUGAUUCUGCAUGUAUCCAAACUGCAAAAGACGGUCUUGAGUGGCUGUGGGUUGACACUUGUUGUAUCGACAAAAGUAACAGUGCUGAGCUCAGCGAAGCUAUCAACUCGAUGUACAAGUGGUACGAAAACUCCGUGGUAUGUUAUGCCUUACUGGAAGACGACGCUAGCAUAAGAAGUACGGCCGCCAACGUGUGGUAUAAUUUUCACCAUGACAGAUGGUUUAGUCGUGGUUGGACAUUGCAAGAACUCAUCGCGCCAACGACGGUCCGAUUCUUCGAUAAAAACUGGUCUUACCUCACUAGUAAAGCGAACGCCACAUCCUCAAGCCGUCUCGAGGAACUGACUGGAAUUCCAGCUGAUGUCAUAGUCGAUCCAAGCUUAAUCCAGUUUUACGGAGUUGCCGCCAAAAUGUCAUGGGCAUCAGGCAGAAAGACGACAAGAAUUGAAGACACAGCGUAUUCGCUUAUGGGGCUCUUUAAAGUCAACAUGCCACUCUUGUAUGGAGAGGGAAAGAGUGCAUUCAUCAGACUUCAAGAAGAGAUAUUGAAAGACUCGGAUGAUCAUUCUAUAUUUGCUUGGGAUUUCCAAGAUGGACACGAACGCGAGAUGUUCCGCUUUCGUGGAGUCCUAGCUGACGACCCCUCGAGAUUUGCGGCGAGCGCAUUCAUUGCGCCAGGUUCUCGUAGGUCAGAAGAUGGCUUGACACUAUCUGCGAGACCAUACUCGAUGACCAACAAAGGCUUACGAAUUCAUUUGAGGAAAGUCUUCAGCAAGAAACUAGACUGUUUUGUUGCUUUACUGGACUGCAAAAGUGGGAAAACCAUCCAAAAUAGAAGUUCUCAUAUAGUCAUGAUUUUAGAUCAGGCUCCUCUGUCCCCAGCCGGUACGUUUCUUCGUGGGACUACAAGGUACUUGCAAGAAAAUUUUGCGCAACAGGAACUGAAGGCCCCGGACGGGCCAUCUGAAAUCUAUAUCCUUAAAAAUUUCCAGAUCAGAACUCAGGUACAAGACGUUCGUGGUCUUUAUGACCAUUACGAGACUUGUCUCAUUCGAUCCGAAUCGAUGCUGAAAUCAGGAUAUGUAAUCGAACCAAGUUGCCUUCCCUCUGGCGCAGACUGGCAUGAUAGGUAUCAAAUGAUACAUUUUCCCCACCGCAUACAAAGUUUGUUGGCCAGGAGGAUCAUAGCCGUUGGCUUCCACAAUGUAGACAGAGGCUCCGAUUGCUCGUUGUUGCUAUCUGUUCCUCGACGAAUCGGCGAUGAGUGUGUACGGAUUCUGGAUCACAAAAUCGACCAAGCUGCAAACUCCGGUUCACUCGGACAUGUAUACGAAAGAGAAUUUUUACCUGCGAAGAAAUGGCCGCUUGGGGACGAUACUUAUUGUUACAGUAAAAUAAACAAUCAAUUCUUUACUGCCAGGGUCAUAAAAGACGAGGUUAUGGGUCGAAAGAUUAUUAUUGUGGAUAUUGGCGUUUCCGAUAAAGGUUACACGGAGUUUGACAGUGAGGGGGCUGCGGUAGAUUUAUCUGUUGACCGUCAAAUCGUUCUGCAAGGAUUUAUCGAGAAUCGUGAGAAGGGAUGGGUAUUUUAG